GACAACAACAAACAUGUUUCGUUUGACUUUGGUUUCACUUGCUCUUUUGGUUUGCACUAUCAAUGCUAACCUAUUCGACUCCUUCUUGAGAACAGAAAAGGAGGUUGUAGUUGUUAAUCAGAAUGACCAGGGAGAAGUUAAUGCUGAAAUUUCUCAAAAUCCAUCAGAAGACACGAGCUUAGCUGUAAUUGAUAACGAUACCCCAAUUGCAUUAAUGGAUGAUUUGGGUUCAGAAGGUCAAGGCAAUGGAGUUGUGAUUCGUGCAAAGAGAUAUUAUGGAUGCGGUUGUGGUUGUUGUGGUUGCUGCAACUGUGCUACAAUGGCUCCCGUUUCACCCCAACCUUGUGGAUGCGGAUGCUGUGGGUGUGGAUACGGAUAACUAAUUUUAUCGACUUGACUAAUUCGAUUCAAUUUACUAACAUUUCUAACAUUGAAUAAAUAUUUAUUUUACGAC